GGAAAGGCUGCUUUGCAGUCCAGAAGCGGCAGGGAAGGCGCCGGGAGCGCUCUUGAGGGGCGGGAGGAAAGAAUAUGGCGGCUCCGGGCUCUCAGCUCCCGGUUCUGGCGCGGCUUCUUAUCCUGCUCUGCCCACUCCUUUACCUGCCUUCCUGCAACUUGCUUUUCUUUCUGCGCUCUCUUUUCUCUCAGACAUACCUUUUGCCUUCAUCUGCACGUUCUCCCCAGCCCCACCCUGAUCUAAGUAUGAAAGGUGCAUUAAGUGGGAGCUGGUCAGGCCCGUCAGGGGCCAAGAUACAGAUUCCUAAAUUUGACUUUUACCCCCUAUGCCAUUUUAUCAGCCUACCCAUGGUAACAUGGAGAGGUCAAGCCCAAUUUUGAGGCCUGAUAAUACCUGUGAGUGAUCCUGUGAAUUGUCACUUUAAGUUUCCUGAACCUGAGUUUCAUCAAAAAUGUAAGGUUUUCUUUGAAAGAUCUAGAUUUCUUGAUAGCUAGGCAGCUUUUGCCAUGCAUUUGUCAGAAUAUGCCCCGUAAUAGUAUAUGAUUGGGGAAAUGGAAGCAGGAUUCAUUUUGGCAGUAAGGGAAUUAGGCAGAGCUAAGACCUACAUCUCCCUUCCAUGAAAUGAUCUAGUGUGUAAGCAGUGAGAACACCAUUCUGUUUUGGCUCUUAUUUCCUCAAAUCUGGAGGGAUCCUACCUCUUGAAAACCUUACUUCCCACCUGCCAAAUCGUGGGCUAGAGUGGAGCAGAAAUCUAGGAAGAUGAGCUCCAGCAUGACCAUGAGUGAACCAAGGCUAAACUGGGAUGUUUCCCCCAAAAAUGGCCAUAAGACAUUUUUCUCUCGAGAAAAUUAUAAAGACCAUUCCUUGGCUCCAAGUUUAAAAGAACUCUGUAUUUUAUCUAACAGACGUAUAGGGGAAAAUUUGAAUGCCUCAGCAAGUUCUGUAGAAAAUGAGCCGGCAGUUAGUUCAGCAGCUCAAGCAGAGGAAAAAGUUAAAACCGCAGUUGGAAUGGUUCUUCUCCCAAAACCAAGAGUUCCUUAUCCUCGUUUCUCUCGUUUCUCACAGAGAGAGCAAAGAAGUUAUGUGGACUUGUUGGUUAAAUAUGCAAAGAUUUCUACAAAUUCAAAAGCUAUUGGAAUAAAUAAAAAUGAAUACUUGCAGUAUUUGGAUAUGAAGAAACAUGUGAAUGAAGAAGUUGCUGAAUUCCUGAAGUUUUUACAGAAUUCUGCAAAGAAAUGUGCACAGGAUUAUAAUAUGCUUUCUGAUGAUGCUCGUCUCUUCACAGAGCAAGUUUUAAGAGCUUGCAUUGAACAAGUAAAAAAGUAUCCAGAAUUUUAUACCCUCCAUGAAGUUACCAGCUUACUGGGAUUCUUCCCAUUCAGAAUAGAGAUGGGAUUAAAGUUAGAAAAAACUCUUCUAGUAUUGAGUACAACAUUAAAAACCAGAAAAUUAUUUUUAAACAUGGCUAGAAAAGAGCAUGUUUGUCUUGCCAGUUGAGUUUGUCUUUAGUGAUUUGAAAAAUAUUUUCGUUCAAGAUUGGCAAAUAUAUGAGUUGUGAUUCCUCUCCCCUCUGUCUCUUUGUUUAGUGAUCUUUCAUGUAUUCUGAUUUGUUUUGAAUAAAGCUACCAGCUACUCUUCACUUCUUUUCUUUUGUUUCUGGUUUAAGGUUCCAAACCAGUUAAAGUAAUUUAUAUUAACUCACCACUUCCCCAGAAGAAAAUGACAAUGAGAGAAAGAAAUCAAAUUUUCCAUGAAGUUCCAUUAAAAUUUAUGAUGUCCAAAACCACAUCUGUUCCAGUCUCUGCAGUAUUUAUGGACAAACCUGAAGAGUGUAUAUCUGAAAUGGAAGUAUGUAAUGGUUUUUUGUUUCCUUAAGAGAAUGUACAUGUU